UCAUCAAUACAAAGGACACUAGUUGACACCCCACCACACCUGCUCUCUCUCUCCAAAUAUAUACCACUACUUUCUCUCUCUAAAACUGCACUAAUUUCUCUCUCUAGAUAAGAUAUAGUUGGAUUGAUUUCAAGGUAUGAAAGCUGGGUAUGGAGGUGGAUGAAAUUCAAAGACAGGUGCGUAAAUUUCAAAGGGUUUCGUCUAAUGGUAGUACUACAACUACUGACAAUUCUUCAAAUCCGCAAAAGAUAGCUACCCAUAAAGGGAAUUUGGAGUUGCAGAAGUUUGAUGAUGGUGGUGGUGGUGGCGGCGGAGGAGGAGGAAUAGAUGUUGUUGUAGGUGGAGGUGGUGGUGGUGGUGUGGCGAGGCUUUGUGGAUGGCCUUCCUCCCGGAUUGUUAGGGUUUCUAGGGCGUCCGGAGGGAAGGAUAGACACAGCAAGGUUUUGACAUCGAAAGGACUCAGAGAUCGUCGUGUCCGGUUGUCUGUUAGUACCGCUAUCCAGUUUUAUGAUCUGCAAGACCGAUUGGGGUAUGAUCAGCCGAGCAAGGCGGUAGAAUGGUUGCUCAAGGCGGCAUCUACUUCCAUUGACGAGCUUCCUUCUCUUGACCCUUCGUUUUCCGGUGCCAUCUCUCACACCCACCACCAUCACCAGAAUGAAGACAAGAAGUCGACGGGAAACAGUCCCGAUUUUGAAGAUCCAAAUUACCAACAACAAAACAGUAAUAAUAAUAAUAAUAAUAAUAAUGUUUCUAAGGCGAAAUCUCCGGCGUGUAGUAGUACAUCUGAAACAAGCAAGGGGUCGGGGCUUUCGUUAUCUCGAUCGGAGAAUCGGGUGAAAGCUCGAGAACGAGCGAGAGAAAUGGCUUCAAAGAAGGAACGAGAGAAGGAAACUGAUUCAACGAGGGCUGCUGUUUUGAAUCAGGUCAAUAGUAUUUCGGAAAACUCGUCUUUCACGGAUCUUCUCACCGGCGGCAUUCACAGCAACACCAACGUCCGCCGUCACAGUCCAGAGUCAAGAACCCACUGGGCAACUCCGAUGGAUUAUUUCUUCGCUCGACCUACACAACCUUCAACCCAACUAAUCCAAAUACCACAAUUCAACAUCACCGCCGGAGAUAACCACCAACACCAACACCACAACAACAACAACAACAACCCACAACACCAUUUCUCCUUCCUUCAAGACAGUUUCGUACCGGCGGUGACAACGGGUGGUGGUGGCGGAGGAGGAGAAAGUUACAAUUUAAACUUCUCCAUGACAUCAUCAUCCGGUGGCACCCUUGCUCCGGGUUUCAGUAGGGGGACCCUUCAGUCCAAUUUACCGUCGUCUCUUUUACCUCAUCAUCACCAUUUCCAGAGGUUUCAGUCACCCUCCAUAGACGGAUCAACCUCCACAAAUCUGCCCUUCUUCAUCGUUCCAAACGCCGCCUCCGAUCAUUUCCCAGCAGCAGCUGGUUACCACUUAAGCUACGGCGGCGGCGGAGGAGAUGGCGUAGGACGGCAUUCAGAUCAUCACAAAGAAAAAACAAAGAACUGAGACUUCAAUCAAUGGCCUCUUUCCCCAUCUACAUCUCCGGUAAGUGCUAAAGAUGGAGAAAUGGCAACGAAAUCACUGGGGCGAUGAAAUCUAUUUAUGAUCAUGACAAUAAUAUGAUAUUUAUGUAUUAAUUUAUAAGUGGGUGAUGAUGAUAAGUAAAAUUAAUUUGCAGUUGCAUUAAUGGCAGUGAUUGAUCAUUGGUGUGGAGGAAGAUAGAUAGGCGAAACAGCACCUCUUGCCUAGCUCUUCUUCCUUUUGUUUGUAUUCUUUGACUUUCGAUUGCCUGCAAUGCAAUGGUUUGCUUGUUGUGUGA